AUGGGACAGUGUGUUCAAUGUUUGAAAAUUUAUAUCUUUCCAUCAAAAGAACGAUUAUUGGAUUAUUCAGAACCCAAGAACUUUUCCUUUGAAGCUAACAAGCUUUCAAAAGCAGCAUCUAACGGCGAUAUUGAAACUGUUCAAAAUCUAGUGGUAGAAGUAACUACCAUUUCCAUUAACGAAAAAGAUGAAUUUGGAUGUACAGCGCUCUAUAGAGCGGUCGAAAACAAUCACUUACCAGUAGCCAAGCUCUUACUCGAAUUGAAUGCAAAUCCUAAUGAACCUACCAGAACUGGAAAAACAUGUCUGCAUGCAGCUGCUGAAAAUGGUAACACAGAAAUGUGCAUUCUUCUUCUCAAUAAUGGAGCCUCAAUGCAUGCAACUCUUCCUUCCUCUAGCUUUACUCCUCUUCAUUUGGCCAUUCAGAAAAAUCAAUUCCAAGUAUGCGAAUUAUUACUACAGCAAGGAGCUCUCCAACUUCAAUCUCCUCUCCUCUCCAAUAGCUUGUCACAAAAUGAAAAUACCAAUUCUCACUCCUCUCAUCAUCACCAACAUGGAUUUUUACACAAUUUACAUCUACCAAGACUGUCACACGCCAGAACAUUGAGCAACGGAUCGAGUGCGAGUGAAAACUCGAGUACCAGCGCUUCUCCCAUGCUUCAUCAAAAUUCAGGAUCCUUGUCAGCCGUGAGUCCAAUGAGCCCACCCAUGAUACUGGCAUCCUCAUUAGGCCUGACAGAUAUAGUGUCACUUUUACUUAAAUAUGGAGCCAAUAUGUUUGAGAAAGAUCCUGUCACAGGAAUGAAUUGCUUAAUGGUGGCUGCUGAAAAUGGUCAUGAUGAAACAGUUUUCUAUAUUUUGGCAAACACAAAUUUGACACCAUCAGAACAGGAAAGAUUUGUGAACGAGCAAUGUGAGGCAUCACAUCAUUGGUCGAGUUUACAUUUUGCUACAUCGAAAGGACAAGUCUCUGUCUUGCAAGUUCUUUUGCAAUAUGGAGCAAAUAUUAAUUUGAAAGAUAGUACUGGAAAAACAGCACUACAUUAUGCUUCAUUGCGAGGCUAUCCCGAAUGUGUGAGAAUUCUCAUUGAAUUUGGAGCUGAUGUUACCGUUAAAGAUGACGACGACAAGGUUGCUUUAGAUCUGGCCACUGAGACACUCCAAUAUCACCACAUUCAAACUCAAUUCAAACGAUCUCUCAAAAAGAGACAAGAAAUGCUGAAAGCUGCUGCUUUCAACAUGCACAAUCGUGAAAGCAGUACUUCGAGUUUUUCAAUUCCAAUCAUUACAGUGGAUGCAAACAUAACAAGCUCUCCUGUAAAAACGGCUAGCCCUAACUUUAAGAUUUAUCGAUAA